CCCCUGCACCCACCCACACAUCCACACACACCCAUCCAUCCACCCAUACACGCCCACACACUCGCUCUUGUUCACUUCCGCCUGCCAGGGGACGGCCACGCUUGGGCUUCUCGGCGACCAGCCGACCACUCACCAGCGCUCCUUUUUCCCCACCACGCAGGACCCGUUGCGCAGGCCUGCGAAAGAGAGAGCGAGACCUCGCUGAGACCCUGA